AUGAUCCUGACCGCAACUCGAGCAUCCUUCAAGAUCACGGAGGUGUCGCAAGCAGUCCGGGCUAUUUUGGCCAAUGCAAAGGGCCCCAACAGGGCGAGCCAGAAAGACACAUUCGUGGUUGCAGAAGAUCUACCAGAUCAAGACGCUUCGUGGGACGAGGACCAGGAAGUGUUGCAGGUCCUAGCUGCUGAACUGCAGGAGAACGAGACCUACGACGAGGAGGAGCUCCUGGACACUUAUGGACCAAUUCGUGAAACACCAUUGACCAGAGCCAUGAGACAGGACUUGAGCAGGCUUGACGCAGGAAGAAGAGCAAACAAACGACUAACAGAGGCAGUACAGACAGAACUACUAACCCGUCGCUGGACUGACAAGACCAAGAGAUGGAGGAUCUCCUGGCAAGACGGUGUUCUCAUUCGACUUCAUGGACAACAGCACGGCCCAUACAGGCCAUGUGAGAAGACGUGCCCAGUUCCUCUGCAGUGGUUGACGGGAAAAAGAUACUCCUUGGUAAAAACUGAAGGGGUUGAUGGCUACAGCGUGAUCACAGACGAUGACUACAUGCAGACAAGGCAGUUUCACCCGGAACUGAAGCAAUGGUCAGGAUACUCAGGUUUUGAGAUCAAAAUGCCAGAGUUGGAGACGGAAAUUCCGGACGGCGAGCGUGAGGUCUAUGAGGUGACCGUUUGGGUAGGACUCAAAAAGGAUACUGACAUGGUACUCAAAGAAAGCAAACGGGCAGAAGUCGAGAAGUUGUUCAAGUACAAGGCGUUGAAGAUUAUUCCUCCGAGGGAAGCCAAGCAAAUUAGACUCAAGAAAGGACGCAUUCUCCCAUCGAGGUUUGUCAUUACAGAGAAACCAGAUGACAAAGAACCUGGAAAAAUGAAGGUGAAGGCAAGAUGGUGCGUUAGAGGGUAUUUGGACCCUGACCUACACAAGUUGGAAAAGCAGCAUCUUACAGGUCAACGCGUUGAUGAAGGACCCUUGUACAUUGAACCACCACCAAGUGGAAUGCCUGGAGUUCCAUCAGGCAGCUUGCUGAUGGCUGAGAAGGCCAUCUACGGACUGGCAGACGCACCUAAGGAAGGCUUCAUCAUCGAGCAGAAGGAGUACGCAGAGAAGUUGAACACCAUCAAGAUUUUAAGAGAGAGAGAGAGAGAGACAGAGAGACGUCGAGGGAAAGACACGCCCCUGAACGAGAAGGAAAAGAGUCAGCUGCGAGGAGUAGCCGGCGGCUUGAGUUGGUCGUCGACAGCGACAAGACCUGACUAA